AUAAGCAAGCUAUUAUUGAAAUAAAUAAUGCCACAAUAAAUAAUUACAACCACAUCUAAUUUUAGUCUUGGAAAAGAUAGCACUCGCAUUGCAUUGUGUUAUUUCGUAUAAAUAAAAUAUUUCAGAUUACACACAUGAUUUCUCUCUUCUCAGAGUCAACAAUUGUUUAAGUUAUAACUUGCCAUGAAAUCGAUAAAACUAAUUUUAGUAUUGAAAAACAAUACUGCAGCCGUGUGCAACUGUUUUUUCUAUGAUUUGAACCCGUGUACCUACUUCAGAGGACAUUUAAAGUUAAACAUAUUCUUAAAGUGUGUAUGUGUAAGCCUUGAAUACAAUCGAAUACAACUGUCCCCAAUAAUUAAUUCAACUCUAUAUGUGUGAAUUACGGACUCGGUCGUUUUAUUAUUUUCAGUUUACUAAGAACCGAGGUCGGACGGUUGUUAUACAGUUAAAUAAACUAUUCAAAAUUUUAACGUGACAGCUUUUUUAUAAUUCAAUCGAUCUGAGGUAACAGUCUACGUGUUAUUCCAUAAAAUAUUAAAAUUAGUUGGAAAAAUCGUUUGACCUUAUUAUUGAGCCCUAAAGACAAAAUAAAAAACUUACAUCGAUUGUUAUUAAUAAUGUAUUAAAAAAGCACCAAACCCAAAUCUAUAUAAUUUAAUUGACAAUCAAAAAAAUACGUCCAGAAAAAUGAUAGACCGUGUUCAAUAUGUAUAGUAUUAAAAAGGCAUGACGUCAUUACUUUAACAAUGUUUAUUUUUAGUCAGUCAAUUGUCUCGUUAAGCUUGCAUUGUACGGUUAUAAUUGUUUACAUUGUUUGAAACACUAAUGGAGUUGAAAGCUUUAUAGGUGAAAAAAGGGCUAAGUGUGUUGUUCCUCGAUAAGACUUAAUUUGCAUAUUCGUUGGAUUUGUACAUCAUCUAAAAAAGGCUACAAACGCCUUCAUCCGGAAUGCAGUAGUAAUACGCCAAUAUCAGAGUAUUGUAAUGAACUAGGAACGACGUGAUCUUUUAUUCAUCACGGUCAACGUUUUGUACCCAUCGAGUUAUUAUGUCAUGUCAACCAAUCGCAGUAUCAUUUCAAAACACCGUAACACAUACAAAACAAAGAUACACAACGACAAUGUGCUAAUAAAUAAUUACAAUCAACAACGCGUUCUGUUUAAUUUUGUCAAGUAUGCGCGUGUCGUUACUCGGCGACGCGCCUAUCGUACGUGCUCUGAAGUGGCUGUCGGCAAUAAAUAACAACGCCUCAUACGACUGUGUUAAUCUUAAAUAAAUUCUAAAAAAUUCAAUAUUCCGAUAGCUAUUUGUGUAUUUGUUACUUCAAUUCGAUUUUCGCAUAUUUCAUGAUCGCAGGCUUUUGUCGGACACUAAGUUCAUUUUUCCAUUACGCUCCAAAGUAAUAUCGCGUGUUUGUCACUAUAAAAACCUAAUCUGUGAAUUAAUCUAUGACCUAAACUAAGGGUUGAAUUGUCGCGCUUUAAAUGCAUUACUUCUAGAGUAACGGGAAAUGUAACUGUGGCGGCAAGCCAAUGCCACCGGUGUCGACAUACGCUGCCAGCGCAAUUGUGUCUUCAUCCUCUUUAAACGAAUAUAUUUUUAUCGUUAGAGAUGCAAUAUUUUUCGCUACUGGCCACACUGUUGGAUGAAUAAGGCGGUUGUUUAUCUUUCAUUCAAAAAUCCCAACGUUAGCUGUGUCCUCGAAACGUUGACCAUGGCCACCGCUUCGAAUAGCGAUCAUACUGCCGUCAUUGCCACCAGGCAUCGCCGGGAGAAGUUGGACACCCCCCUCUUACUCACCUCUUGUGACUAAUACUACCCCCAAUUCUACAUGCUACCACUACUACUGCUACCACCGGUGCCGCCCCACUCCGGAACACAGAGUUGGCAGUUUUUUUCUCCCAAUCGUUCCGCGGUCGCCGUUACCGAAAUAUGAACCGAAAUCUGUUAAAUAUAGUUCGGUUCGAAACUCGAUUGAAAUCUAAUUGAGGAAAUUCAUCAUGCAUCAGUACUCUUCUAAAGAUAUUGCGUGUGCGUUGUCGUCCUACUUCAUCAGAACAUGAUUGUAGUCGUUGAUAUACUAUGUCAUUAUAAGUCGGCGGGCGUAUCGGCUGGACGACAAACGCUUUGGGUCACACGCUAUUUGCUGUACUCCGACUAAACCGCCGGCUUCAUCGAUUUCGGUACUAGAUAUUUUUGAAAUUGUGAACUGAAUCAAAGUUGUAUUGGGUAUACAAAUAUAAAUCAGCCAAGAGUAUACUUUUAAUGAGAAGGAAACAAGUGUCAAGUGUUUACUCAUGAUAAUUAUUAUCUUAAAUAAACAUUUUUAGUCAUUAAAAAUGAUUCAUCAUGCUAAUUAAUUUUAAUAAUUGAUAAUAAAUAAAUUCAAGUUAUCAAAUUCUAGUCAUACUGAAAAAAAUAUCUAAUUGCUAUUGAAUGUUUAAUUGAAACGUUGUAGUUUUUACUAGUGCCUGUAUUAAUAUAAUUAUUGAUAAUUUAAUAAUUAUAACGGAUAAUUGACAAUAUUAUAUUCUGUGACAAACUUAAACUAGAUAAGAGAUCAUUGAAUUGUUGAUAAUUGAAGAAAUGCCAUGAUAGGACGAUUCUUAACAUUAAUUAUAUCACUUGGUGGCCUAACCUUAAUUACAUUUUCCUUAUGGUCAGUAUGGAGCAAAAUUGUAAGUAUCAACGAAGUUUACCCAAAUCACUUAGAAUAUCAUAUACUUACAGAAGAAAAUGUAACAUCAAAACCUUUCGAACUACAUACUUUGUCAGAAAAAGACCUUCAUACAUUAAUUGAUUUACAAUCUUUCAAUUUCAACAUAAAUCAUAUAGUAUGCAACAAUAAUACUCAAUUGAUUAUAGCAUUAAUUCAUUCUGCACCAAAUCAUUAUGACAAACGUCAGGCCAUAAGAAAUACAUGGGCAAAAAUGAUACCAACAUUAUUUUUUAUGGGUCUUUCAGAUUCUAACAUUACUCAAAAUAAAAUAAUCGAAGAAAAUCAAUCUUAUAAUGAUAUUGUACAAGGAAAUUUUAUUGAUAGUUACCGUAAUUUAACUUAUAAACAUGUGAUGGUACUAAAAUGGACAUUGUAUUACUGUCCUAGUGCUCGUUAUUUGCUCAAAACUGAUGAUGACACAUUUGUAAAUGCUCCAUAUUUGUUAGAAAUACUUAAUCAUAAACUAUCACCUUUAGGAGCACGUAAUUUACUUAUGUGUGAACUGUCUAUGUACUUUAUGGUUAAGCGGUCAUAUCGUUCCAAAUGGAGAGUGUCAUAUGCAGAAUAUCCAGACCGUUGGUAUCCAAUUUAUUGUAGAGGUUGGGCAAUAAUUUAUUCACCUGAUGUUAUAUACAAAUUAUAUAAAGAAGCCCAAGUUACUCCUUAUUUUUGGAUUGAUGAUGUCCAUAUAACUGGUACUGUUGCUAUUAAGCAAAACAUCACAGUAACAGAUUUAGGUAAAUUAGUUGUAAAAGAGUCAGAUAUAAUUAAUACAAAAUUUUUAGAACAUGAUUUUGUAUUUUGUUUAUUAAAUGAAGCAGAAAAGUCAAUGAAAACACUAUGGGCUAAAAUAUUACAACGUGAUUAUGUAAUUGAUUCAUCUUCGACAAUACCAUGAUAUUGUAUAAUAAAUCAUAAAAUAUGAUAUCUACAUUGAAAAUUAAAUUGUGAUAAAUAGUAUGAUAUUUAAAUUGUUUAGGAUCUAAAAUCUAGGUUGUCACUAAAAAUAUAUAAAUAUUUUAGUAAUUAAUAAGGCUGAUAUUUCAAAUUUUUAGUGUUUAAACAAUGUGCAAGAUAUAUAAUAUAAUUGUAAAUUUUAAGAUAAAAACACAAAGCGCCACAUAUUUUAUUUGAAUGUUUAUAAUAUAUAUAUAUAAUGUAAUUUGAGUAUUCUUUUUGGAAUAAUUUUAGUGAACUUAAUAAUUUUAUAUACCUUUUUUGGGUUAUUUUUACCAUUUUUAUUAUUUUACAUAAUAUUCAAUAUUUGAUAUUUUGUUACCUUUUAUUUUUAUUGACAUUUUUUGAUAAAAACGUUAUUAGAAGAUUUAACAAUUAAUAUAAAUUAAAAAAAUUAUGUAUAAGCUAUUGUACAUAAUUAUACAUUCCUAGAUUACUAAGUGUAAUGUAUACAUAUAUACAGGGUG